AUGGACUCGGAUGUUCGUAUUGAAGAUGUUCUCGAAGCUCUGGGAACAAAGAAACGGUACCACAUCUGCCAGUAUGUAUGGCUCUUCCUGUCCAUGUUAACGGCUACGUACGGGGUACUAGGCUACAUCUUCUUGGGUAAAACAGUACCCAGCCAAUGUGCUACCUUGUCCGCCCAGUCCAUCGACGGCAUCCUAGCGUCAAUAAACGUCCCUGCCGUUGACGUGGUGGGAAUUGACGACAUUUACAGCGAAUGUACUGUCGACGUCACCGUAAACACUGCAACAACUUCACAAUCGGUGACAGUAGGAUGUCUAGAUGGCCAGGACUUCGGGCCUCUUCGGUUCACUUCCGUUGUAUCGGAGUUCAGCUUGGUGUGCGACAGGAAGAUCCUGUCGAGACUGCCGCAGUUCCUGGUUCUAGCAGGGGAAGGCUUGGUGUGCGGGGAAGCCCUCGGCGCCAUCCUGAUUCCUCUUCUAGCCGACAGGCUGGGCAGGAAGCCAAUGCUCAUCACAGCUCAUGCGGCGACCCUGCUCUUGACAGUGGCUAUGGCAUUCUCCCGAUCAAUUGUUGAAUUCACAGUCCUUAAAGCCUUCAGUGGAAUUUUUAUUGAUGGGGUCCUGCUUGUGCUUGUGACUAUGGCACUGGAAUUGACGCUCACAAAGGAAAGAAAGUUUGUGGCGUUCUUCUUGCUAUUAAGUUGGUCCGUAUCGGCCUUGACCUUAGGCGCCAUUGGGUUUAGCCUGAGGCUGAUGUCUUGGCGGACCAUUCAGUAUGCACUGGCGGCUGGUUCUCUUGUUGUGUUUGCUCAAAUCCUUAUACUACAUGAGUCAAUUCGUUGGCUACUCGCUGUUGGACGAACGAAGACUGCCAUAAGAUUGGUGGAAUUUGCCGCUGAGUUUAAUAAUGUACAUGUGGACGAAAAGUUGAUAUAUGGCUUAACACACGACGAUGAGGAAGAAGCUAUUACAACAUGUACGUCUUCCGCAGCUACUGAUACCACCCCGGAUCCGGAAGACACACCGACAGAGACAUCCGAUCCAGAAGAUAAAUCAACAGAGACAUCAGAUCCAGAAGAUAAAUCAACAGAGACGUCAGAUCCAGAAGAUAAAUCAACAGAGAGAUCAGAUCCAGAAGAUAAAUCAACAGAGACAUCGGUUCCAGAAGAUAAAUCAACAGAAACAUCGGUUCCAGAAGUCAAACCGACAGGAACACCAAUUCCGGAAGACACUCUGACAAGAACAUCAGUUCCCCCUGAUCCUUCCACGACAGCAGCAGGAACAGCAGCAGGAACAGCAACAGCAACAGCAGCUGCUGAUAUCAACUGCAGGAACAGGAACAUCAGCAGCAACACCGACAGAAUCAAGAGCAGUGACGAGACAUACUGGCUUCAAUGUGGAUACUGA